AUGAUGUUACCUAACAUGUUUAAUGAAUCUUUUAGAGACAGUUGGUAUUUAACAGACGAAAUUAGUUGCAGCAGAAACCCCAUCCAUCAUUCUUUGUUUAUUAACUGUGGUGGAGCUAGAACAGUGUUUGAGGGAAACGAAUAUCAAAUGGGAUGUAACAACGAGCAAUCUUAUUUCUAUACUGAAUCGGAUGGAUGGGCUUAUAGCGCUAACGGUGUUUUCAUGGGCAACAGGACUGCCCCAUUUGUUGGAACCAAUACAAAUGUGACAGUUUCACAAAUGAUUCCACAUUUUCAAGCCUUGGAAGACGCUAUUUCGAUAUAUCAAUCCAAGUCGGGUGUUUUGCAACGGAAAGGCUUUAACAUUAUGGAAGAAGCUGGAGGUGUUGGAAUUGGGAUUUCUAGAGAUUUUGAUAAUAUUGUGGUUAACGGAAGCACGUUAGAUAUUCACUUGUACCGGGCUGGAAAGGGGACAACUGCCAUUCCACAACGAGGUGUAUAUGGGCCUCUUUUAUCUGCCAUCGAAAUAAUACCUAACUACGACAUCAACACAGGUGGACUUUCUGCUGGAGCUAUUGCUGGAAUUGUGAUUGGCUCAUGUGGACUAGUAUUAGCUCUACUUUGGUGGAGAGGUUAUAUACGAGGAGACAAAGAAGAUAAAGAGCUUCGAGCGCUUGAAUUACAAACGGGGUAUUUCAGCCUGCGACAAAUUAAAUCCGCUACUCAUAACUUUGAUCCUACAAACAAGAUCGGUGAAGGAGGAUUUGGACCAGUUUAUAAGGGCGUACUCUCGGAUGGUUCCGAGAUUGCUGUUAAACAACUUUCAGCAAGAUCAAAGCAAGGAAACCGUGAAUUUGUGACUGAAAUAGGAAUGAUAUCCGCUUUACAACAUCCAAAUCUUGUGAAGCUUUAUGGUUGUUGUAUCGAAGGAAAAGAGUUGUUGCUUGUAUACGAAUACCUCAUCAACAACAGUCUCGCACGUGCCCUUUUUGGUCAAGAGGAUCAGAAGCUUCAUUUGAACUGGUCAGCAAGAAAGAAGAUAUGUAUGGGAAUCGCAAAGGGAUUAGCAUAUUUACAAGAAGAGUCAAGAUUGAAAAUAGUUCAUAGAGACAUAAAAGCCACAAAUGUGCUUCUUGACAAGGAUCUUAAUGCAAAAAUAUCAGAUUUUGGUUUGGCAAAAACUUGA